AUGUGGCCAGCUGGUGUCUUACGACACAAGACGCGGUCCAGAAACGUUCCAAUGGUCGAGAUAGACUUAGCGCUCCAAGGUGCCACUGGCCCCAGCAGAGCAGAUUGGACGACCUUAGAGGCACCCGUGGUGUUGUCGACCACCUUGUCUCCGGGCCAGUCCUUUGGAUGGAAGCGCCUGGCAGUUUCAGAGGAAGCUUACUUGGGCGUGAUGGGCAACUCCGUAGUGCUUUUCGUCCAAAGUGAGAAAAGCAUUCGGUGGUGCACGUUGGCAGGUCCUGGCGUAACAUGUCAAAGGGUGAGAAGUUUCCUUGGUUUGGACGAUGGCCCUCUGCAAGAUUUGCGCAGUGCUUGGGCCAAGAGCUGCACACGGUUGGCCCAAGUUGCUGAGUGCUUGCCUGGACUUUGCGUUUUGCAACAGGACUUGGUGGAGACCAUUUUCGGAUUCAUUUGCUCGCAGAACAACAAUGUGUCACGGAUUUGCUUACUCAUGGAUCGCCUUCGUGCAACUUAUGGUGAAUUGCUUUGUUCCAUAGCACCUGGUGUUGAUGCUGAAGGUGAUGGAGAUCUUGCAGUGUUGCGAGAGUUCAAUGUGCAGCGCAAACUUUAUGCCUUUCCGAGCGUUGCACGACUUGCAGCUGCUUCAGAGAGCUCCCUGAAAGCGCUGGGCUUGGGCUAUCGAGCAGUGGGGGUGGCCCAGUUGUUCGCGACGUUUCCUUGCGAUGGAUGCAUGCUGAAAUGGCUUGAGCAGUCCAGAGAUAGGCGACCUGAGUGA